AUGGCUGCAAAGGCCUUUCCCGCCGGUAUUCACGUGCCCAGUUUGACCUGGUUCGGCGACGAUGCCAGUCAAGAGAUCGACUGGGACGUGCAGACCAAGCACCUCGAGUUUUUGGUCAAGUCUGGCCUCCACGGGGUGGUACUGGCCGGAACCAACGGCGAGGCUGUCACCCUCACCAACGAUGAGAAGACCAGACUCGUCAAGGCCACAAGAGAGGUCGCCGUCAAGGCCGGCCGCCCCGACCUCACAAUCAUCUUGGGCUGCGGCGGCCAGUCAACCCGCGCCGUCAUUGACGAGACCAAGCUCGCCAAGGCCGCCGGCGCCGACUACGCUCUCGUGCUCGUCCCCAGCUACUUCCAUUUCGCCAUGAACGAGGAGGCCAUUGUCGGCUUCUUCGAGGAGCUCGCCGACGCCAGCCCCAUCCCCAUCAUCAUCUACAACUUCCCCGGCGUCGCUGCAGGUCUCGACGUCAACUCCGAAAUGCUCUCCCGCCUCGGCAAGCACGCCAACAUUGUCGGCGUCAAGCUCACCUGCGGCGGCAUCGCAAAGGUCGCCCGCGUCCGCGCCGAGUUCGACCCCUCCGAGUUCUUCGCCCUCGCGGGCCAGAGCGAUUGGCUCGUCCCCGCCUUGUCCGUCGGCAGCAACGGUACCAUCACGGGCAUCGCCAAUCUCUUCCCCAAGUACUGCAUCAAGAUCUUCGACCUCUAUAACGCGGGCAAGAUCCAAGAGGCGUCCGCUGCUCAGCUCAAGCUGGCGCAGAUGGAAUGGGCGUUUGCCAAGGGCGGUAUCAACGGCACCAAGUGGAUUGUGGCCAAGUCGCACGGAUACCCCUUGGCCAGCUGCCAUUGCAGACGCCCCUACCCUCAGUACGCCGACGAGAAGAAGCAUGCUUGGAUUUCGGACUUGGUUGCGCCGUUGGCCUUCGAGGAGGCCAAGCUCAACUAA